AUGGAUGGUGCAGAGCAGGGUCUGGAGAAGAUGGGGCUGGUGCAGAGCAGGGGCUGGGGAGGCUCGGGGCUGGGUCAGAGCCGGGGCUCGGGAAGCAUCGCCCCCGUGCCCCCUUUCCCUGGGGCUGUCGGGACGCCUUUCCCCGCAGCCCCUCGCCGGGAGCCCCGCUGCGGCUCUUACCGGCGCCCUCGCCCCUCGCCGUUUCCUCGCUGCGCUCCCGGCCGCCAGCGGCACCUGCGGGGCGGGCGGCGCGCGGCGCCCGCGGAACAAACCACCGCGCAGCGAGGGGGGGAGGGCUGCGCGAGCAUCUCCCAAGCGGGGCGGGCGGCGCGGGCCAUACCACAGCGGCGCGGGGGUGUGUGUGUGGGGGUGUGUGUGUGUGUGAAUGCCCGAACAUCCCCUGCGUGGGGGGGGGGGCGCGAGGCCCCGGGAGCGGCCAGCGGGGCAGGGCGGCCACCCCGGGCAUCCCCGUCCGCCCCGCCCGUUCUGGCGAGCUGCGGCACCGAGGUGCGAGGCGCUGCCGCAGCAGAGCCGGGGGGCACCGCGGCUCCCGCUCGGCCCCGAGCCCGGCCCCGCCGCACCGCGCCGGCAGCUCGGCCCGAGCCCACCCGUUCCUUCUUUUACCGAAGGACGACGCGCGCCUCAGUGCGGGCUGUGAGCCGCCCCCGGUGCCCGGCGUGGAUCCGGCCCCGCGUGUCGGAGCGAAGGACCGCGCGGAAAGGCUCGGAGUCGCGGUGCGCCCCGGCCCGCUGCCGCGGCACAAGAGCGGGAAAUUAA